AUCCGAUAAAUUCGCAAAUACCGGCGUCCUAAAUGCCAUUUAAUGAGGUUAAGUAAUGGCCGGAUUACGUUAAAUAGCAGGCGAUUGAUAGUCAGUAGAUGAUUAGCAAUAAAAAUGUCACGUGCCAUUCCAUGUCUUUACGAUAUAUCGGGAGUUGUCAAUGACAUUGUGUCAUCAAACACAGCUGUUGUUGGAUUUUUACACCAAGGAAAACUAGAAUGUGCUUGGUUGACCAAUUCGCAGUUUUAUUAUGAAGGAAAACAUAUUCCAACUAAUCGAGUUUUGAGUGAUUAUUUAACACCUGGAGAUAAGGUGACAUUUUCUUGCGAAGCAUCCUCAGAUGCGAAGAGAAAUACCCCAUCAUGUUCAUGGAUUGUCAACACCUGUUGGCGUACCGAGAACAAUCCACUGACAAGUGUCAUAACAGCAACAGGGCUUGAUGGUGUCCUUGGAAAAGUGAGAGAACUGGGAGGUCGUCAUGGGGUAAUAUCAGUAUUUGAUGGAACUGUCCAUCACUGUGACGUCCUGUUCCUCGCAAGCAGAUUCUACGUCGACGGAAAGAGAUUCCCAGCAGGCAAGGGACUUACUACAGCACUCCAAGAGGGUGAAUCUGUGAUUGUUGAUGCUAUUCCUUGCAUUCCCGAGGAGAAUGAGGAACGAUGCCGUUGGUUUGCUACUUGUGCCUUCAAGGGACAAAGGCCCCAAAUUAUUCAUGAUAAUGGGCAUAAGGUUCAUCGAGGGGAUUUGGGACAGUUGGGGGGAACUGAUAGCUUUAGGAGCCAAUAUCUGGAAUUUGUUAAUCAGUAUGUGCAUAACCGUUCCACUGUCUACGUCAUAGGUGCAGGAACAAUUCUUAGUAUAUUGGACGAAAAAUUCGGGAUAAUAAUGGGGGUGUUCAAGAAAAAUAUUUUUCAAACUGUAUUAUUUCAUCGUAAACAUUUUUUCAUGUCUGGGAUUAAUCUUAUGGCUUAUGACAUUCGUGCAUUGCUCUAUGGAGAGGACCGUGUGAAAUUUGUGGUUGUUGGGGCACCUCCAGGUUUCCCCAUAGAUUGGAUAGCAGUUCAGGUCUCCAUCCAGAAACGUCCUGACGUUUAGAAAAUAAAGCGAACUCCAAAGUUUAUCCACUGCUUUCAUAAUUAUGAAAAUUAUAAGGAAUAUUGUUAAAAGUUCUUGUUCAGCGAAUAAAGUUUAAUCAUUUGUUCCAAAACUGUAUUU